GUCAUGUCAUUGUCGCUGAUCGGAAACAGGAAAUCGAUGUUUCUCUUCUCCGAAGAAGUAAUCAUUCAGCGAACAUCCAACUGUCGCCGUUAGUUUCGUUGUCUCUUUCAAAUAACACUGAGCGACUGAAUCUACCGAAUCUACCGGACACCGACAGACACGGACCGGGAAGCAUCCAAGAUGGCGGAGGAAAACAUCUUCUUCUUCGUCCCCAAUUUGAUCGGUUACGGCCGUAUCCUGCUGGCCCUGCUGGCCUUCGCUCUGAUGCCGUGUUGUCCCUGGACCGCGGUGUUCUGCUACCUGCUCAGCGCGCUGCUGGACGCUCUGGACGGACACGCGGCCCGAGCCCUCAACCAGUCCACCAAGUUUGGAGCCAUGAUGGACAUGCUGACGGACCGCUGUGCCACCAUGUGUCUGCUGGUCAACCUGUCGCUGCUCUACCCGUCCUACGCCUUCCUCUUCCAGCUCAGCAUGUGUGUGGACAUCGCCAGCCACUGGCUGCACCUGCACAGCUCGACAAUAACGGGCUCCUCCAGUCAUAAGAACAUUGACCUCUCAGGGAACCCCAUCCUCCGGAUCUACUACACCUCCAAGCCGGUUCUGUUUGUCAUGUGCGCCGGGAACGAGCUCUUCUUCUGCCUCCUCUUCCUCCUCCAUCACAUCCAGGAGCCUGCAGCCUGGCUCUACUGGCUUCAGGGGCUCUGUGGGACCAUCUGCCUCCUGAAGACGGCCAUCAGCGUGGUCCACCUGGUCACCGCCUCACAGAACAUGGCCGCCAUGGACGCCGCCGAGCGGGAGAAGAGCAGGAAGACGCAGUGAGAGGGGGAGGAGCUAGUCAGCCAUGUUUUUUAUUUGUUUGUUUAUGUCCGUGCACUUGAGGGGACGGAGGAUUUAUGACCAAACACGGCGACGUCAGAUGAACGUCUGCUGGAUUAUUGAUCCGGUCGUGAUAAAUAAUACAGAACGAUUAAACUGUACAAACGAGAUCUGUCAUCACGCUUCAGUCACAGAGUGCUUUUCAUCCUCUGCAAUGAUGACCUCACACAUCAAAUAUAUUUAAGUCUGGUUCUGAAUGAGAUUAUUGCUGAUCCAUAUUUAACCAGUUUGACAAACAUAGUUCACUCUGACGCUUAAGAGAAAAUAUUUAUUGUUGUAUUUAAACUGCAGCUGUACCUGUCGGUUGGACAAAUAGACAUUUAUGCUUUAUCCUUCCCUCAUGUUUUGUGGACCUUUUAAUGAUCAAACCAUCAAUCAGCGAUCAACUAACUUUUGGAGAAAAUCGCUACGGGCAAAUUUAAAAUUGUAUUCCUCAAUGAUGAUGAUAUUCUAAAAUGUAUUUAUGCGAUUGUGUGAAGAGACCAAACAUGCAGACAAAUGUCAUGUUAAUCAGUUUUUGCUUUUUCAUAUCGUUCAUGUUUUGUGGUAGAAGUGUGUCCACGUUUAAACUGCUCAACAUGAAAAGACACCGUGUGUGUGUGUUUGAAGUGUUUGAAUAGAAUGUAUUAUAACAGUAGAAUAUACAAAUGUAUAUGAGUUGGUGGUAUAAAAGUGCACAUGGUUUGACUUAAUUGUGCAAAUAAAAACUGCCCACAUUUAUUUUCA